ACAAGGCAGAGGAGGGUGCAAUCUGAUGCCGAAUCCUUAUUCACGGUUUAGGCGGACAGUUUCAGUCCAGUACUGCAUGAGUGAGCUUUGUUUUAACGUGUUAGACUUAGGACUGAUUGCUUGUAAAAAAAAGAAAUUGUAGUAAAUCGCGAGGUUAAUGACAAAUGCGUCCUAUUUUUAUUCUUCCCUUUCCUGACGAAAUAUAAUAGGGAACUGGAGAAAGGUGUGUGAAAUUAAAGAGAACUAUUUUUUCGUUAAGAGUAGCGUGCGAAAAAACGUCACUUUUCUUUGCUUUUUCUAGGCGGGCGGGGCAAGUGCGAGAUGAUAAUUUUCGCCCAUAAGCAAGCCAAGUUAGACCACUUAGGGCGCUAAGGGUGUCCUCCAGUAACGCAAAUAAUAACCAAUAAUUUUGUUAUGGCGUACACCAGAGCUUAAAAGACACUAACAACGUAAACUGAAGGAUUCUAGAUCACUGCAACACCGCAGUGUGGGAUUUUAUGUAUCUGAAUAUUACAUUAACCCUCUCAGAAGCGAUCUUUACGUAGAAGAAGCCGAAAUCAAAUGCUUUAUACAAUCGAAUAGGGUCCAAAAGCUAAGUUAAAACUAUACGUUCAUUGAACUUAGCUUAUGUCUGUAAGAUCUUAGCUUAUGUUUUUAGGAAACAGGAAAUCGACUGGGGUAACUUUCGGCCGCAACUUUCGAAUACUUUCCAAACCUUUGCCCGAAGUCCUUGUUAUGAAUAUUUAACGACGUCAUACGUCACGUCCUUCUUUCAGCCUCGACUUAUAGUCACGAGACGAUCACCUUGGCGUAUUUCCGAAAAGUGUUGGGUUGCGUGGUUAACAAAGAUAGUAGCCUUUCGUUGGAAUUUGGAAAUAAGACAGGUAAACUAUUCUUUUUUUACUUUUGCUUUUGCUGAGGCAACCUGAUAUAUUUCCAUUUCGUAAAUUAUUCAUUUCCGAGUUCCAUAUUACAGCGUGUUGGUUAUAGUUACGGAUUGAACUUACAGAUUUGACCUCGCAAAUUACAGCAAGCAUCAAGCGCUACUGCUGCUGUAGCCUGUAUGUAUUACAGAAUAUAGUCGGCGACAAAAUAAGUCGACAUGUAGCACCAUGUAGCUACUAUUUAGGAAUAUUCUAGAAACGAGAAUUGUAGUUCGCUGCCAUACACCGCUGUUGCGCAGUGACGUAACACGAAGGUACAAGGAACAAAAGAUGCCCGCAAUACAGACUUCUCAUUAGAGCGACUAAACUUUGCAAGCUCGCGAUUGUUUCUCCAGCCAGCCAUGUUUGAUUUUAGAGUUAGAGGUGAAGGUAAAAUUAAGCAUCAAAAUUGAUUUAUACAUUUGCCCUCUGGCAGACAUUUCAGUACCCGUGGAACAAAGACUUGGAUUGUAUUUUAUUCUUCUAUGGAUUUUCUUACACCGCGCAUGCAAGAGUUAACUUUUGCCAUUGUCUCGUGCUCUAGACAGAAAAACGAUAACGUUCUGAUCAAUUUUUCUUAUUUUUAACUUUUUCGAGAAAUUGAAACUAACAGGAAAUUCUCGUGCAAAAAUUAUCUGCCUUUCUGAUUUGUUAUUACCUGUCUUCAGUGCAGUGCGUGACCAAAACAACUUGUGAAUGUCGGCUUUAAGCGUCACGCUCUACUUCUUGUCAAAUACGGUGACAAUUUGACUCAUAUAUGAAAUAAACUAGAAGAACCCAAUGCACCGACUCAGAACGUGACAUGGCCCCUUUAAAAAAUAUUUCACGCCUUCCCGUGGAAUUAUGUUAGCAUCAGGCACACUCUUGUGAGCCGCCAGCGGAGAGAACUCUUUCCUAGUGCAGGAGCCAAAUUUAAUAGAAAGGUGGACUGGCGAACCUUGAGGCCCGCAGCAGGGAAUGAGAGAGAAAUGACAUCAUUGCUAGGCCAUACACUUUGGCAAAUAAAGAGGGUGCCUGGAAUCGACAUUGAGUUUGUUGAUUAAUAUUCUGAUGGCACAUUGAAGAGGUUCGCGUGGCAGCGUGAAAGUUUCGGAUUAUAUAAGCGUUUCACUGGAAAAUUAAGUCAUUGUAGAUCGGUCAGUCUUAUGUUUGACCAUUUUCUUUUUUGUACGUGUUGUAAUUUUUAUUCUCCAUCUCCCUGUAAAUAUCAUUACAAUCAUGAUUUAUUCCUUUAUGAUUAAUAGUAUAGCCUGGUUAGUUUACCUUUUCCUUAGGGUAUUGUGCUGCUGCAUUAGAUAAGGAAUACGUUUCCACAUAUUUUUUUGACCACAUGUGAAGUGUUUUUUUUCAGGGGUUUUUCUUGUGUUGCGUAGCACAGGUUCUCUGUUUAGAAAACUUCGUUUCAUUGUACACAUAUUAAGACUGUAUCAAAAUGCGUAUACGUAGACCCCCCUGGCUCCCGAGGAAACGUUGCCUUAACUCCCAGAUGUCAUUAACAUAUAACUUAUCCCCGUAACAUCUAUAACAUUCUUUUAAUUCCCAGAAGAGAUUAACAUGUAACUUCUCCCUAAAAUAUCCAUACAUUAUCCAACAAACAGGUAAUGAGAAUACUCAAACUUAUCAGGUAGAAGUUGUUAUCUUGAUCUUACACUAAACUCUUGUUAUUAAUUUAGAAGGAAAUGUGUAGCAGCUAGAGGGGAGAAUUAACAAUCAGAUCUUGGGAUUCAAAGGGUUACGAGGUUCUCGCAUCUCAUUAUUUCUACCUUUUUUAGGUGCUGAUUAUAAGCUAGAUCCUCAUAAUGAAACCCGUUACAAACCGAGGGAUUGUUGAACUGAACCCAUCAUCUACCGAAGAGGAAGCGAAAAAACUCUAUGAUUCUUGGGCAGAAAAUUAUGAAGUGGUUAGUAUGGAAAUUACUGCAAAAACAGCGUGCGAGGAGACCCUCGUCAUUAGCGGUACAGGACGCGCGUUUCUCCGCAGGAAGGGAGGAAGAUUUGGAAGAUUUGAGACGCGUAGGGGAGAGGUUUGCCGGGGGGGUUAGAGUGCUAAACCUUUUGCAGACUUAGUUCUCACCGGCUUGCAUAGCUCAAGGCUUCAUACUUUUCCGUUGGCGAAGAAACGUUGACCCUAAACAUCAGUAUGCAUAUUCUCCAUACUGUUCUCUAUACAUUUCUUAAGGUGUUGAAAGGGAGAUUUGUUUAACAUCAAGAGUUCUUUAGUUGUUGAUCAUUUCGCUUAUUCUUAUGACCUUUAUGUUUGAUACAGGGGUGAUAUUGUAAGGAGAAAUUAGACGCCAGUCACUCUUAGGGGUUAAAGGGUCAGAGAGGGUCUACUGUAACAGUUUUACCUUAGUUCUAAAUUAUAUUCUUACGAUGUCGUCUCAGUUCAGGUGUGAAUGAGCGUGGGAUGAUAAAAAUAACAGAAUGCUUAGAUAUCAGGGCGCACGUGUCUCGCAGCAUGUUUCCUCAUACAAAAAGAUGAUUAUAUAAGUGUUUCUUAUGUCUUUUUUUAUGCAUUGAUUUUAUCCAGGAUUUAGUUGUUAAUCAUGGUUAUAAAGCACCACAAUUAUGUGUGGAAGCUUUCAACAAAGCCAUACAGUCUGAAGAGAUCUUCCCUGGUGCAGACAAGAACAUGAAGAUCCUUGAUGCUGGAGCUGGUACAGGUAUGAUUGGUGAGAUGCUGGUUAAACAAGGCUAUACAGAUAUUGAUGCCCUAGAUAUUUCGCAGAAUAUGUUAAACGUAGCUAAAAAGAAGAAUGUUUACAAGCGACUCAUCUGUGCACCUUUGAGUGAUGUUCGCAUAGAGCAGAUACAGACCGCUGAAUAUGAUGUGACAUUGUGCGGAGGCACCAUUGUUUAUGGUCAAGCAAAGCCUGUGGCACUGGAUGAGUGUAUACGCCAUGUAAAACCAGGUCAGUGCAGUGAAGUCCGUUUUGAUGUUAUAAGUACCCUAAAAAGUGUAUUGGCGUGACGUUUUUCUCGCGGUAACACAGUCACACAACAUCUCAGUUACUUUUUUUCACAUUCAAGGUGGUCUGUUCAUCUUCACUCUCCGAGCAGACUCUUUCGACCCAAAGUAUGGUUACUGUACCAAGUUUGAUGAGUUGGAGAAGGCGGGAAAAUGGAGACUUGUGAACAGGGAACUGCGAGAGCUGUACACCGACCCACAUGAAGAACGCUUCAGGGAUUGUUACUUGAUCACUUACAAAGUGAUCCAAAACUAACUUCCAAUGGAUUAAAAAUAGAGCUUGUUGCCAUAGUUGUCAAACUCAGAAAAUGAUUGAUUUGAAGGAGAAGUAUGCUCCAGAAACCAUGUAAUUUCCAUUUCCUCUAUUAGGCCGGUCAUAGUCGAUGAAAUGUAAUUUAGAAACAUCGAUAAAUUAAAAGUUGAUAAAUAAAAACAAUUAUUAUACG